AUUGUGGCCUUCGUGGGUGAGAGAGAGCACAAUUGAAAGCUGAGAGAAAUGGCGGGAGGAGUCGGCGGCGGAGGCGACGGAGCCACCGGCAGCAAGAAGGGAUUAGAAGGCACGGGCUUGGAUUUACCAGAGAAUCGCCAUGGCAACCUAAAGAGUGCUUCCAGCGACCAAAACCUCAAAGACAUCCUUGUUCAAAUCAAGUCCUGCAAAUCCCCUGCAGUCAUCAAUUAUGGUGCUUCUUGGUGCCGUGUGUGUAGCCAGAUCCUUCCUGCAUUCUGCCAGCUGAGUAACAGUUUCCCAAAGCUCUCUUUCGUCUAUGCAGACAUUGAUGAAUGCCCCGAAACAACACAGCACAUUCGCUACACGCCCACCUUCCAUUACUACCGGGAUGGCGAAAGGGUUGAUGAGAUGUUUGGUGCUGGAGAAGAGCGGUUGCACGAUCGCUUGUGGUUACAUUCGUGAAACGAGUCAUGUUAGGGAUAAUUGCUUCAAACUUUUUGCUAUGGGUGUAGUCAUCCAAGCUAUUACAUUAGUUGUACAAUGAGCUUAUGGUUUAUGAUAUCUUUGAUGUUCCAGAA